CACAGCCACAGAGAUGGAUAAUGUUGCAAAGCAGAGGCAGAGGAGAUCGUGGCAACUACAGAUCCUCCGGCCGAACUCUGCACCGCUGUCUUCCCUCCCAGAGUGAAGAGCAUAGCCGGCAAUCAACCUAGUGGAAGAAGUGAAGAGUAUCAGCGGCAAUGGCUGCAUCCACGUGCGUCUUCUCCUCCUGCUGCUACUUCCUCCCAACCGCGCGCCUGAGAAAAUCGGCGAAUCCCAUUGCGGGAAUCGGCGAGUCGGAGAAACACGCCGGCGAUUAUAGCUUUCUAAACUCUCGGAGCCAGAAGACGAGGAGGAUAAGGUUUGUGGUCGGGUCGAGCUCGGGCAAGAAACCGGACGAACCAUCAUCGUCGUCAAUACCGUCUUGGGCAGACCCCAAUUCGGACGAACCGCCGCCGUGGGCUAAGGGAGAAGCCGCCAAGGCGACGACCGGCGGGGAAGAAUUGAAGAUCCCAUUCUUCGCUUACCUCCUCGCCUCCGCAAUCACUGCAAUCGCCGCCAUUGGGUCGGUGUUCGAGUACGUGAACCAGAAGCCGGUUUUCGGGGUGCUUGAAUCCGACAGCAUUUUCUACGCUCCGGUGCUUGGAUUCUUCGCUUUCACAGGGAUUCCCACUGCUGCAUUCUUGUGGUUCAAAUCUGUGGAAGCAGCGAACAAGGAUGCGGAAGAACAAGACAGGAAGGAUGGCUUUCUCUGAUGUAUUGCAGAGCAUUGCAAUUCCCCUUCCUUGUUCAUGGUUACUUUGGGUUCAAUCUUACAAUUGUAAUUUCUUGGUCCCGCAGUUUUGUUUGUGAUCCCAUACUUGAUCAUCCUCCAUGUUUCCAAUCACAUUCUGAGUUCUGCUGUAUCAUAGUCCCAUUUCUCACUUGUUUGUGCUGCAUUCUGCUUGAUUCUCUGUUUCUCCCCACAAGUUGGAUGCUCCCAACUUGUCAAGUGAAAGCCUCAAGGCAAAAUUAAUGUACACGCCCUUAGUAAAGAGCCAUUCGAUCAUGAGUUCUGAGUGUUUUGUUUCGAACAUGAUGAUCGGUCUAAAUAUGUUUCGUACUUUCGUGGAA